AAAGAAGAAAGCGGCAUUUGACAUUUUAUGAUCGGGAAGUGUUGUGUACUGGAUACGACCUUUUAUGUCUUCUGGGGCGGUGUUCUGUUCAAAUCUGAACAAAAGCCUGAUGUGAGGAGGAAACAGUUUUGCUACUGUUGCUGACAUGAAAACCUCAUCAAUACUAAUCUUAUUAGUAAUAUCUGUUCUAUCCUUCAAAGCCUACUCUGCGCCUUUGUCUUGUGGAAAUGUCCGGGAGAUUAGAUGUCCCUUUCAACUCAAAGGCGACAACCAGAAUUGCAAGGGCUCUAGCUAUGAGUUUUCUUGUGAAAACAAUCGCACCAUUCUACAUUUAUCUCCUGAUAAUAUGCAAUACUUUGUUGAAGAUAUCAACUAUGACAAUUCUUCACUCUUGGUUGUUGAUCCGGGGAUUAAAAAAGAUAACUAUUCCUCUCUUCCGCUCUAUUCUAUGCAAGAAGAGCCUUCUAUCCGCGGGAACAUACCUCUUGAAUAUCUUAACCAGCCGGUUACAUUUCUCAGCUGCCACACUCCUGCAGUGUCUAGCCAGUACAUCAAUAUUACAUCGAUUGCUUCAUCGUCUUUAUACAAGUAUUCCUAUGUUGUUACUGGUAGGAUAACGCUGUCACAAGUGGAAGGUGAUUGUGAGGUUACAAAAUUGGCUUGGGUGUCGAGAGAAUGGCCUAUUCUGAAAACCGAUAAUUAUCUUACUAUCAAUUUUUCAGAACUUCCUAUCACUAAUUUUUCAGAACUUCAUGAUGGAAUGGCCUAUGGAUUCAAGAUGGAUUGGUCUAAGAUCUUCUGCGCAAGCUGUAAUCUGCGUGUGUAUUCACUUUGCCAGGCGCUUAAUGCAGAGUACACUUGCUUUUAUGACUGUGAUCUCUAUGACAUUACUACAGAUGCCUUUUUACCACUCUGCUGGCGUCAAAAUUUACACGGCAUCAAGGAGAUACUGAAUGACCAUCGUUCUGCUAUAGCCGCGGUUGCUGGACUAAUACUCGCUGCAAGAUUCACAAUUGGGUUACCAUUUCUGUUGGCCGUUUUAGUUUAUAGAUUGAAGAAAAGACACUUAUCGGUGUAUGAUUCAAUUGAAGACUUUCUUCAAGGCCAAAACAAUCUGACGCCUAUACGAUACAGUUACUCAGACAUUAAGAAGAUCACUAAUGGUUUCAGAGAUAAGUUGGGUGAAGGAGGUUUCGGAAGUGUAUAUAAAGGAGAACUUAGAAGUGGCCUUGUAGUAGCAGUAAAGAUAAUGGGGAAGUCCAAUGCAACUGCACAAGAAUUCAUGAAUGAAGUUGCCACAAUUGGAAGGAUUCACCAUGUAAAUAUAGUGGAGCUCAUUGGUUUUUGUUUUCAAGGUUCAAAACGGGCUCUAAUUUAUGAGUUCAUGCCUAAUGGUUCACUGGAGAAAUACAUCUUUCCUGAGAAUGAAGAUGAACAUUUAGUCUCCUUGAGCUGCGAAAAAAUGUAUCAGAUUUCUUAUAAGGUGGCAAAAGGAAUUGAUUAUUUACACCGGGGUUGUGACAUGCAAAUCUUGCAUUUUGACAUCAAGCCUCAUAACAUACUUCUCGACAAGAAUUUUAAUCCAAAAAUUUCUGAUUUUGGUCUUGCAAAACUAUAUGCAAGUGGGGAUAGCUUUUUGACUUUGACAGCAGCAAGAGGAACAAUAGGUUACAUGGCACCAGAGUUGUUUUACAAAAAUAUUGGAGGUGUCUCACUUAAAGCAGAUGUUUAUAGCUACGGGAUGUUGUUAAUGGAAAUGGCUAGUCGAAGGAAAAAUUCAAAUCCUAUUGUGAACGAAACAAGUCAAGUUCAGUACCCUUUGUGGGUUUUUGACGAAAUCAGUGCAGGAAAUGAAAUUGAAAUAGAGGAUGCUGAUGAGGAAGAAAAGAAGUUGGUAAAAAAGAUGAUCAUCGUAGCACUGUGGUGUAUACAAAUGAGACCUAGUGAACGUCCUUCAAUGCAUAAAGUUAUUGAGAUGCUGGAAGGAGAUGCAGAUGUUUUGAGGAUGCCUCCGAAGCCUUUUCUUCAUCUGCAGGAAGAGCAGAUGGAGGAUCAAGAGUUGAUAUCUAUCUACUCCUCUACUAUUGCAAACUGACCAAAAGGAAAGUGCUAAAGUCAUAGCCAAAUAGAUCGUUUAGGGCUCCUUCUAUAGUUAGUCUCUAGUUCAAUUUGAAUGUGUUACAUUGAUGUUGGUAAACUAUAUCAGAGUAAAUUUGUAAUAAUCAACUCUUUUUGUUACUUAAAGGUUAGUGAAAAAUUGGAAUUA